UCACCAGUUUUUUUUUCAGACUUCAGAAGCCUAGAAAUACUUCAUGUUAGUAGGAUAUAGAUAGAUUAUGAUCAAUAGCUUAAAGUUUUAAAAUGUCUUUGCUAAAGUCUUUGGAAAGUCUUGGUGGGUUCUCAUCAGCUGUGAAGGCGAUCGAUCAAGUGCCGCAAGAUCUUCUUUUGGAAAUGUGCCAAGAUGUUAUAGCUAUGUUACAAUAUAAAACCAGCUUUAUACCAUUGGAUCAUUACAAAAUGUGUUUAAAACGCACAGAUUCAGGCGAGAGUAUUGAACCACAACUUGUGGUAAAUGGUCUCACCCACAUUUUCAGAUCAGCUGCAAUAGCAAAAGUAACAGGAGAAUCACUUUACAACGAUCUUAAAACUAAUGGUGGUUUGAGAGAGCAAGUAUUAACCACCUUGAAACAUGUUUGGAGUGAUCAAGGUCAUUUAGUUUCACACUUAAAUACGGAACAAAGUUUUAAUGUGGGUCAGUUACUAGAUAUCCAGUGGAAACUAUGUGUAGGCAUGAGUUCAAGUCACUGCAAAGGUUUAAAGUCUCCCUAUAUCAAUGCUUUGGUCCAGUCGACUGAUUCUUUUGGAAAAAUUUCAAAUCAUUCAUUCGAAAUGACGCUAUCAGAAUUUAAGAAAUUUGCGACAGAGAUGCGAGACAUUUCCUGCGUUAUGGAAACCAUGUGAAAGACGAAUUAUGGUAUUUCAUCAACCGGAGAAUCUCUAACAUAGAGACUAUGCUCGGCUAUAUUCAUAAGCUUCAUAACAUUAACAAAAGAAUAAGAAUUUGAUUUGCAUGCGCUGAUUAGUGUCAGGUUCUUGCAUUGCGGGGUUAUAAUUAUGUAGUUAUUUAAGUAGGAGCUUUAAUAUCUUAUUUGGCUUGUGUCCCGUGAAUUGUGGUAAAAUAAAAUAAGGAAGGGUUUUAUCAGAUGAAUAAUAAGGAUAACAACCUCGCAAGUCAGGCUCUUUUACCCACGCAUUGCGCGCUUGAAAGAUAAAAAAGUGAAAAGCGCAAACUGAGCGUUUGCGUUAUAGUAUGUAUAAAUAUCAAUUAAAUAAGAUCAUGGUUGUCAGUAAAUAUAAAGGAUUUUUUUUUUAAAAUUA